GGGUGAUUAUAGGGCAAGAGAUGGAGUACGGAUGAGACGCGAAUUUUGGGAAUUACUCCUGGACUUGAAUUAUUACAUGUCUCGCACAUUGAAAAUCGAACGAAAUUGAAUACUUAGCCGCGAGCGCGAGCGUCGACGACGUUCGACGAUCUAGUUCGGAACAAUUGAAGAACGGGAGAACUCGCAUUCUCGCGCCAAAACUUACGCCGAUUCCUAUUGUUUGCACCGAUGAUUUUAAAUUGUUUUUUUAUCAAUUUAUUGUGUUUUAUGGAAAUUCAGUGAUUAAUUCAGUAUCGAAUUGAAAUUGAUACUUAAUUCUAUUGAAGUAUUAUAAUGUCGAGUCAGGCAAGUUCUCCAGUUCCUUCGGGAAGACGAAGUGAUCUAUUGACGUCACCACCUCAUGAAAUGGAAGAACCCUUUGAGGAUGAGGGAGAUUUACUUGGGCAAGACUCCAAUAAUGAAGUAGAAGCGGAAGAGGAUGGCGAAGAAUUGUUUGGCGAUAACAUGGAAGCGGAUUAUCGUCCAAUGCCAGCAUUGGAUCGGUAUGAUCCAAAUAUGGUGGAUGACGAAGACUAUUCUGAGUUAUCUAUAGGGGACCGAGUGGCUGCUGAAAGAGAAAUGGGUAAAAGAGAUCGAGCUGCAGGAAUCACAAGAGAUGACAGAAAUCUACUGUAUGAUGAAAGUGACGAUGAUGAAUUGCCUAGGCACAAACGUCGAAUGGCUGAGAAGGCAGCUGCCGGGGAAAUCGAAGAUACAGAGAUGAUAGAAUCUAUUGAGAAUUUGGAAGAUACAAAAGGCUACAGCAUCAAAGAAUGGGUAACAAUGCUGGGUCCACGUACUGAAAUUGCUAACCGAUUCAAGAGCUUCUUAAGAACACACGUCAAUGCCAAGGGACAUUAUAUGUACAAGGAACGUAUUCGACGAAUGUGCGAAAGUAACCAGUCCAGUUUUGUCGUCGAGUUCCCUAUUCUUGCGGGCAAAGAACACGUUCUAGCUUACUUUUUACCUGAAGCUCCAUUCCAGAUGUUGGAAAUUUUCGAUAAAGUAGCUAAAGAACUGGUUUUAACGAUUUUCCCGAGUUAUGAGAGAGUUACUACCGAGAUUCAUGUAAGGAUAUCUGAAUUACCACUGAUUGAGGAACUGCGAACCUUUAGGAAAUUGCACUUGAAUCAACUGGUAAGAACAUUGGGAGUAGUGUCUGGUACUACUGGAGUCUUGCCACAGCUGUCAGUUGUUACCUAUGAUUGUAAAAAAUGUGGUUUUGUGGUCGGCCCAUUCACUCAAAUGCAAAAUCAAGAAGUUGAUCCAGGAUCAUGUCCUGAGUGUCAGAGUAGUGGACCUUUUACGGUGAAUAUGGAGCAAACAGUCUACCGGAAUUAUCAGAAGAUAACUAUACAAGAAUCUCCAGGCAGGAUUCCAGCUGGGAGAAUUCCUCGUAGCAAGGACUGUAUUCUUUUAGCGGAUCUCUGUGAUCGCUGUAAACCUGGAGAUGAAGUGGAUGUAACUGGAGUUUACACAAAUAACUAUGAUGGUUCGCUGAAUACUGAACAGGGCUUUCCCGUUUUCUCGACGGUUCUAUUAGCUAAUCACCUUGUCGUAAAAGAUUGUAGAGAAAUCGUGGAGUCAUUAACUGACGAGGAUGUUUCUAGUAUUUUGGCUCUGAGUAAGGAUCAUCGUAUCGCUGAUCGUAUCGUAGCUAGUAUUGCGCCAUCUAUUUACGGCUAUGAGUUUAUAAAGCGUGCACUGGCUCUUGCCUUGUUUGGCGGAGAAUCGAAAAAUCCGGGUCAAAAGCAUAAGGUGAGAGGUGAUAUUAACGUCCUAAUUUGCGGCGACCCAGGAACAGCCAAAUCACAAUUUUUGAAAUACACUGAAAAAAUUGCACCUAGAGCCGUGUUCACUACUGGCCAGGGUGCUUCUGCUGUGGGUCUGACUGCAUACGUUAGACGUUCGCCAACUACUCGUGAAUGGACGUUGGAAGCUGGAGCGUUGGUUCUCGCAGAUCAAGGCGUGUGUCUCAUCGACGAGUUUGAUAAGAUGAAUGAUCAGGACAGAACAUCUAUACAUGAAGCAAUGGAACAGCAAAGUAUUUCUAUUUCCAAAGCUGGUAUUGUUACGUCUCUACGAGCUAGGUGCUCCGUUAUAUCAGCCUCAAAUCCAAUCGGUGGUAGAUACGAUGCUAGCAUGACCUUCUCCGAAAACGUAAAUUUAUCAGAGCCGAUUCUUUCUCGUUUUGAUAUUCUGUGUAUAGUACGGGAUGAAGUAGAUCCCAUGCAGGACCAGCAUUUGGCCAAAUUUGUCAUCGGCUCGCAUAUUAAACAUCACCCCGGUAACUCGAACAGGACUGUCCCUGAGAGUCUAGUGGAAAAUAAUACGGAUUUAUCGAUUCCACAAAGUCUCUUGAAAAAAUACAUUGUUUAUGCCCGACAAAAUAUACACCCAAAACUUACUAAUAUGGAUCAGGACAAGGUGUCCAAGAUGUACAGUCAAUUGAGACAAGAGAGUUUGGCAACGGGAAGUCUUCCGAUUACGGUACGUCACAUCGAAAGUAUGAUACGAAUGGCAGAAGCCAGUGCUAAGAUGCAUUUAAGGGAUUACGUACGAGAAGAAGACGUUAAUCUCGCAAUCAGAAUGAUGCUCGAAAGUUUUGUAGACACCCAGAAAUAUUCCGUUAUGAAAUCCAUGCGACAAACCUUCCAAAAGUAUUUGUCCUAUAAAAAGGAUCACACCGAGCUACUGUAUUAUAUUCUACGGCAAAUUACAUUGGACACAUUGACAUUCAAAAAGGCAUUCGAAACCGGACCAGUUUCUACCGUAGAAGUUGCUGAGAAAGAUCUGCUGGAAAAAGCCAAACAAAUCGAUAUUCACAAUCUCCAUCCAUUCUAUGAAAGUCACAUCUUUAAAUCCAACAACUUUGUUUACGAUCCAAGACGAAAAGUUAUCGUGCAAACCCUCCCGGAUGUAACCGAUGAUUAAAAAAUGCAGAAGAUAGCGGAGUAUAGUAAAAUUGAACUCCGCUGAUUAAAAGGGUCGAGACACGACCGUACCGUGCCUUAUAAAGAAGAUAUACAUACCUAUAUACACUUUACAGACUGACAACGGCUCCGAUGAAGUUUUACAAUUUUCUUUCACCAGAUCCAACUUAGCGUUAAAGAAUUAAUUUUUCUUUUUAAAAUCGACUUCAGAAUCCACUUCGACUGAGAGUAAUAAUAAAUGAUCAAUAAAUUGGGACGAAGUCACAUUUGAGAAACCGAACGAAUGUUACCGCUGGUCAUUUUUUGUCCUGUAUGCCGUGCAUACGUUUCAAGUAUUAAUGUUUUCUAUCAACGGUUGAUUUCCAGAAAUAAGAAACCACAAAAAUCUCAGCGUAAAUAAAAAAAUUAAACUAUU